GACUAACUUAUCAGACAUAUGAAUGCAACUCAUUCACACCCUCUAACUACUAUAAAUACAUCUCAUUCUCAAACCAAUGUAUUAACUGUUAAGUGGCUAUCAGACAAAUCUUACCAAACUAAUAUACAAGCGAUUGGAGUACGAAACUCCCUUUUUCUAUUACAAGUCAAUAAUUACUGAAAUUAUUGAAACAACAAAAAUAAGAACAGAAACAAACAAGAAAUAUUUCUGUAGCAGAAUAGGCUCAGAUUUUAAGCCAGAUCCAAGAACCGAGAAGGGUAAUCGGUCACAACAGUUCCGUAUCCACAACACCAACACACGGUUGCACCACUCUCACAAAGACCACUGACGAACAACACCCAAAGAUCACAGAGAUCUUGUCUCAGAAAUUGGUCAUAGAGACCCACUACAAGAGCUCACAAAGAACUUGUUUGAAAGAGAGAAGAAGAGUGUAUGUUCUAUUUUGUGUGUUUGAGCUGAGAGGGAAAUGCCCUUAUAAAGGGAUGAGAAAAACUGCCAUCGACUUGGAUAAGGAGAAAUUCCAUGAAUUUCGGUGAAGAAGAUGAAGAGAUAUUAAAAAUUGGAGAGAGAGGAAGAUGGAUAUGCAGAGAUUUGAGCAGAGAGGAAGAUGGGUAUGCAGAGGUUUGAGGAGAGAGGAAGACGGAUUCUGCACAAAGAUUUGGAUUACCAUAUGAAUUAGGUGGAUAGUUGGGUCGGGUCGGUUAGUCACGGGUUUGGGUAGUGGGCCGUCCAAAAAUGUGUUGGGUUGUGUGCUGUUGCUUGGGCCAAUUAAUCUAACAUCAACACUAUCAUAAUCCUCUCUCCUUGAAUAAUAAACACUUCCAUAGAUGGCAUCACCAAAUGCUUUAACCUUCAAGGUUACAAGGAAAAAUACAGAGCUGAUCCCUCCAGCGAAACCCACACCCCAUGAAUUCAAACCUCUCUCCGACAUCGACGAUCAAGAGGGCCUCCGCUUCCAGCUUCCCCUCAUCGCAUUCUUCCCGAAAAAUCCCGCCAUGGACAGAAAAGAUCCCGUCAAGGUCUUCCGCGAUGCCCUGGCCAAGGCCUUGGUUUUCUACUACCCAUUCGCCGGGCGGCUAAGGGAGACGGCCGGUAGGAAGCUGGUGGUGGAGUGCACGGGCGAGGGCGCACUGUUCAUUGAAGCAGAUGCGGACGUGGGGCUGCAGCAGUUCGGCGACACCCUUCAGCCGCCGUUCCCAUGCCUGGAGGAGCUUCUCUAUGAUGUCCCGGGCUCCGGCGGUAUGGUGAAUUGCCCUUUGUUGCUUAUUCAGGUCACGCGCUUAAAAUGUGGUGGGUUUAUCUUUGCUUUCCGCGCCAAUCACACAAUGAGCGAUGGUUUUGGACUUUUUCAAUUCGCAUCCACCAUGGCUGAACUCGCCCGCGGCGCUGAAAUCCCUUCUGUCCUCCCAGUUUGGCAAAGACACCUUGUCAGCGCGCGUGACCCGCCGCACGUGUCGUACAUGCACGAUGAGUACGAAAACAUCCCUGAUGCCAAGGAAACUCUCAUCCCACUUGAGAACAUGGUUCAACGCAGCUUCUUCUUUGGGCCAGGCGAGAUCUCCGCCCUUCGUCGCCACCUCUCGCCGCACCUCCGUCGCUGCACCACCUUCGAACUUCUAGCAGCUUGCAUCUGGCGCUGCCGCACAAUCGCUAUCUCUCCAGACCCUAACGAAGAGGUUAGAAUCUUAUGCUUCGUGAACGGACGGAGACUAUUCAACCCGCUGCUCCCUGCUGGCUACUACGGCAAUGUUGUUGCUACCCCUCUCGCGAUCUCCACCGCCGAAAACUUAUGCAAACAACCGUUAAAUUUUGCACUGGAGCUCGUGAUGAAGGCCAAAUCUAAGGUAACAGAAGACUACAUAAAAUCAGUGGCAAAUUUGAUGAUCAUCAGAGGACGGCCACAUUUCGCAGUCGACAUGCGAACUUAUAUAGUAUCUGAUCUGACACAUGUGGCCUCUGACAAUUUGGACUAUGGGUGGGGCGCUCCAGUGUUCGGCGGUCCGGCGAAGGGUGGCGCCGGCGUGAUUCCCGGGCUUUUGAGUUUUCACAUACCUAUUAAGAAUAUCAAGGGUGAGAGGGGAAAACUAGUUCCUAUUUGCUUGCCGGCGAAUGCCAUGGAAGUAUUUGUGAAAGAGCUGGAGACGAUGGUGAAAAGGGAUGAUGAUACUGAUUUGGGUGAUGCUCCGAAAAGUUCAAUUUUCAAAGGUCGUACGAGGCUUUGAAUGUGAUAUAUACUGUUGACCACCUCAUAUUCUGCCUUCCUUUGUUUUGUGGAUGGAUAUAAAAUAAGCGCAAUUGCGUGGGA